AUGUCAAUCUCCAUACAGAUUUUCCAAACCGGCUCUGUCCGUAUACGGCCAACAGCAUACACACAACCCUCGCACCACUCAGUCAUCCGUCGACGAGCCAAAUUCCUUACUGACCGAACAUGGAUGCCAGAACCCAUACCAGUGUACACCUUCCUAAUAAACCAUCCAGAAGGACCUAUACUCUUCGACACGGGCAUGUCCCCAAAAUGCAAAAGCUCAAAGUACUUCCCCAUUUGGGCGCCAACCAUAAAAAUGACCAGCGAAAUCAACAUCGAGCCUGAAGAUUGUGUUGUAAAGCAACUACAAGAAAAGGGCAUCAAGCCAAAAGACCUCAAGGCGGUGGUGAUAAGUCACGUCCAUCAUGACCACACAGGUGGUCUAGCAGAUCUAUUUGAAGCCCCAAUUUUCAUGUCCAAAGAACAUUGGAAAGCAUUUUCCCGACCCGUCUACGCAUCCAUAGAAGGCUGCGCACCCUCCCACUGGCCCAAGAAAUUCGUCCCGACCUUUCUUGAAGCCAUAGGCGGACCCAUCGGACCCUUCCCACACUCCUAUCCUCUCACAGAAGAUGGAAAGGUCGUGGCUGUAGACACGCCAGGUCAUGUCACGGGUCACAUCAGCGUCAUCGUGUUUGCGGAGGAUACGACCUAUUUCCUGACCGGUGAUGCGACGUAUAGUCUUGAUCUGCUGGAUCGCGAGGAGACGGAUGGGGUGAAUGAUGAUCCGAAGAAGGCGGUGGAGACGAUGAGGAAGAUUAAGCAGUUCGCGAGGGAGAGGGAGGUGGUUGUUUUAGUGAGUCAUGAUUGGAAGAGUGUGGAGAGGCUGGAGGGGAAGGUUGUUUUCAGGCCGUCUGAUGUGUGA